AAUCCGCUGUGAACUGCCUCAUCUCAACAAAUGUCAUCACACAUACAUACCUAAUGUUUGGCUGAGAGUGUCUUUGUAUAACACGAUUCUGAACACCGGGUAAAUCGGAAGUGACAUCCUCAAUAUCCUGUCAUACUCAGUAUUCUUGUUUCCCUGCUUCGAUGUGGGAGGCCAAUUGCACUUUUAUAACCCAGGUCCAGAGGUGGAUAGAAGAGGAUAAAAAUAUAAGACCUCCCCCCCCGUCAAAGGGAAUCAUUCAGUCCAAACCAAUUUGUCAGUGAUCCUCAACAAUUCAACACAAAUCAACAAAAACAUCAUGUUCUUCCAGGCAAAGACCCUCCUUACCCUCAUCACCUUUGGAAGGCUCCUUUCCACCGCUGCUGGCGUCAACCUGUCGCAAUUCACCCGUCCCAACUGCAGGGGUAAUCGCGCUUCCUGCACUAACAUAGGCUCCAGAGUCUGCUGCCAAAGCAAUCAGCGUGUCUUCGCGUCCGGCUCCUGCCAGGGUUGCACCUCGACCGACUUCCACUCGACCUGGACACGACAGGGACGGAACAGCUGCGGUCGAAAUGCAGCGAGUACCAAUGGUGGCCGGUGUAUCUCGGGCAGUUCGAAUUUGCGCGGUCACUCAUGGUGUCGACUUUGCCGUACGAAGCGAGAAGAAGGGGAGGAACCCACCUGCACCGAAAGCGUGGAGCCUAAUGUUCUUGAGAUUGACGGUAAAUGGUUCCACUUGAAGGACGAGAUGCCCGGGAACGAACGGGACGCGCUUUGGGAUCUCUGGAACAACGAAGCUGUGAUUGCGGAUAUGCCGGCUGAGAUGCUCAAGUAUGAGGAAGAGAUGCCUGAAGGCAUUGAGGACUCUAUGUAAUCGAGCAGCAUGAAGUGAUCAGUUCUGUCUGGUGAGGGAUGUUCUGACUGCAUGAUAGUGAGUCAAGGUGGGUUUGAAUGGGCUGUGGUCAUGUUGCAAUAAUUGAGAAUUUUGGUAGGUAGCUAGGAAAUGUAACUGUCACGAGUUUCCCAGAAGACCGAUUCAGAGA